AUGGUUGCAACGCAAGAGCUAUCGUAUACAGCGACUUCUAAUGCAAUGCCUUUGGAAUGGGUACCUUUAAACGACGUAAAUGGCAAGGUUCGCUCGCCAUACAUGACUCACACUGCACUGCCGUCUGACAAGGUCUUAUCCACGCAACAACUGCAACAUCUACUACCAAUGCAGAAGAUGCUAUCUGCUUGUACAGGAGCGAUUGCAACAUCAAUAUUUACCACUCCGUUUGACGUAGUCAAGAUACGCUUACAAUCACAGAACCUUUUUCAAUCACUAUCGAUAGCAAAGGGACAAUAUUCUUGUCAGUGUGUUCCAGCUGACUGUCAAGACUUACUCUUUACCACAAAUAAUUUACGCCGGAAAUUCUUAUUCACUCCUGCAGUUAGUGAGACCAUAGGAUGUGCUCAUAUUCCUCAUCUAGCAACGAGUCUACGACUUAACGGAACGUUGGAUGGAUUAGUUAAAAUUGUAAAAUAUGAAGGCAUCACAUCAUUAUGGAGAGGUCUAGUGCCAGCACUUGUAAUGUCCGUUCCCGCAACUGUAAUAUACUUUAUUGGAUAUGAUUAUCUAAGAGAUACAAUGUGGCAAAAGUGUAAAAACAAAUCAUUAGAAGUUUAUGUUCCGUUAGCGGCCGGAACGAUAGCAAGAACCGCUGCAGCUACAGUAAUAUCCCCUAUAGAACUAUUAAGAACUCGGAUGCAGAGCGCAGAAGGAAAUAAUGGUAUUGUUGGCGUAUUAAAUGGGAUCAGUAGGAUGGUACGAUCAAAUGGACUAUCGUCAUUAUGGCGUGGACUCGGUCCUACACUAUGGAGAGAUGUACCAUUCUCAGCUAUAUAUUGGACUGGGUAUGAAUCAACAAAGAAGAGUCUCAUGAAGAGGCACGAUAACAGAUGGUUAAUACAUAAUCUUAGCGAUAUUGAAAUUUCAUUCAUCUGCGGUGCUAUAUCGGGAAUGAUUGCGGCUACGCUUACUACUCCGUUUGAUGUAGCAAAGACAAGGCGACAAGUCGCAUCAGGCUCUGGAGCAAGUAAGGAAAUGAUUAGUAUCAUAAGAGAAGUAUUUAAAGAGGAAGGUUACAUGGGAUUGAUGAAGGGAUGGGGACUGAGAGUGAGCAAAGCCGUUCCAGCAUGCGCUAUUAUGAUUUCCAGUUAUGAAGCAGGAAAAGCCUUCUUCAUCAAAAGGAAUGCGACGGCAAAUGAUUAA